UAUCCCGGGGAAGCCGAAUCUGAAUCCGAAAUCUUAAAAGAACAUAGGAUGGGAAAGAGCAAUCCUUGCCCAUUUUCCAGAGAAGGAAGGGAUCCCGCCUGAAAUUCAAUUGACUAGCAACACGAAGCGAAGCUGGUUUUGUUCAAUCCGUCUCUUUAAGGACAUUUUUGUUACAGACGGUUUUCUGAUUCGGAGUCGAUGGAAUUGAUGGUAGUGAGGCACUGAUGUCACUGUUCUGGAUUGUAAUUCGUCAGCUUGCGGAGAUCGAGGCAAUGGCUAUGUCUAAGAAAGUCAUAACGAGGCAAGAGUGGGAAAAGAAACUCAAUGAUGUAAAUAUUAGGAAAGAAGAUAUGAACAAGUUGGUGAUGAAUUUUCUUGUCACUGAGGGUUAUGUUGAUGCUGCUGAGAAAUUUCGGAAGGAAUCUGGAACAGAACCAGAUAUAGAUCUUGCAACAAUCACAGAUUGCAUGGCUGUUAAGAAAGCCGUGCAGUGUGGAAAUGUUGAAGAUGCCAUAGAGAAAGUUAAUGAUUUAAAUCCUGAGAUACUGGACACAAACCCGCAACUGUUUUUUCAUCUUCAACAACAAAGGUUGAUAGAACUUAUACGAAAUGGUAGACUAGAAGAGGCUCUGGAAUUCGCUCAAGAGGAACUUGCGCCGAGAGGAGAAGAAAAUCAAGGCUUUUUGGAAGAGUUGGAGAGGACUGUUGCUCUGUUGGCAUUUGAGGAUGUCUCCAAUUGCCCUGUUGGAGAACUGCUUGAUAUGUCACAGCGCCUGAAGACAGCGAGUGAGGUGAAUGCAGCCAUCCUUACAAGCCAGAGUCAUGAAAAAGACCCAAAGCUUCCAAGCUUGUUAAAAAUGCUGAUAUGGGCUCAGAAUCAGCUUGAUGAGAAAGCUGCAUAUCCUCGGAUAAAUGAUUUAUCUACUGCUAUACUUGAGGACCCUCCAGUUUGAAACGCUUGAAAGUUCAAAUGGAUUAUUCUAAUUACUUGCGUGGAACAGAUGAAGCAGAAUGGAUUUAUCAAACAUACGUAUUAACGUAUGUAGCUCUAGGACACAAUAGCUGUAAGUUGUUAAUUGUUAAUGGCUUCAUUCGAUAAUAACUGUAUGAAUACUUAUUUCAGUUUGAACGUUUUAUUCAAACCCUUCUAGAAUCUGUUUUGCUCUGGCACAUUUGUUACUCCGUCAACCAUUCUCUUGCUAUCAUCGAUAUUAUUAUUGUUGUUAGUGCACGAUUACAGAUAUGUACGAAUGAUGUGAAUCAUUUGCCCCGUUC